CUCUCUCAACGACGGUGUUCUUCGCUCGCUUUCAUCGCCAGCACCGCCGCCACAGUCAGCAGUCCAGGCAGAUAGACGAUCGUCGCGAACGCGAAAUUUUUUCUUCCAUCUCAUCUUGUGAGUGACCGCCAUUAAAGCGAGACAAAAGACAAAGUGCUAGUGUUUUUCGUGCGUGGUGCCCCCCAAAGUGAAUUGCGAAUAAGUGGAAAAUAACGGGAUUGCAGUCGGACCAAAGUGGGCCCGAUUGUUGUUGGCGUGCGGCGGGAAUCUUCCACGGCAGAAAUAGCUGCCCCUCCGGCUGGUUUUCCAGCGUUAUUUCUUCGGCUGACCAGGUACCAAAAAAGCUAUCAAAAUUGAGGCGACGGGGGCCUUCACCGGGCCGAUCAUGUUCACCACCAACAACAUCCAGGCCGCCACGCCCGUCGGUAUACAGUACCAAACGACGACGGCGUCGGCGGCCGAUGUGAACAAACAGAUCAAGAUCGAUGCCCAGAAAGCGACCCAGCAAACACCGGAGUUUAGCACCUUCUAUGCCAACGUCAAUAUGAUCCAGAAGCUGACGCCCACCUCGCAGGCUCUCAGCACUGUGAAUUUGGCCCAGUUGGCGGACGAAACCAAAACGGUGCAGUAUCUGCAGCCGUUCAGCUACGUGAACUGUGCCAUCGGCAACCAGAUGCAGAUUCCCAACGGGGUCACUGGCAUAACGGUCGACGGACGACAGCUGGUUGUCAACAAACCGAUUACGUCCUUUCAGAACACCAUCUCCAACAUCAGCUUCAAAUGCGACGUCUGUGGUUUGAUGUUCAACCAUCUGACUCUACUGAACCAUCACAAGCGAACCCACAACCAAGAUGGGGAACCCACGUCGGAUGCCAUCACCGUAGUAACGCAACCGCAGAGUCUCGUACAAGCGCAGAACAUCAUCUCGGAAACCGGUCAAAACCUGGGCCAAAUACAGAUUGUGGCAACGGAAGCGCUAGAACCAGCGACGCAUCAAGUCACCCAGGUGACCCAACAGCAGCUGGAACAGCAAGUUGCCCAACAGCAAGCUCAACAACAACAUCAACAGCAGCAGCAGCAACAACAACAACAGCAGCAGCAACAACAACAGCAGCAACAACAACAACAGCAGCAGCAACAUCAGCAAAUAGUUCACGUCACCCAUGUGAAAACGGAGAAGAUACAGAAAUGCAUCACCUGCGGAGGACCCAUCCAGAACAAUCCGAAGCGCAAGGGACCCAAAUUGAUACGGUGUGAGACCUGCAUCAGCAACGACAAUGCCCACAAUGUGGGAAGGCCUACGCAAAUCUUCGUGGCACCGGACGGUGACAUCAAGUUCGAAAUAGGAGAAAUCCCGGUCAGCAGUAACAGCAAUUCGCCGAUCGAAACCCUGAUGCCGACGCAGAUUACCACCAUCAAAACCGAGCACCAGAUUUCUCCGGUGGGACAAAUGACGACGACGGUGGCAGCCCCGGCUCCGGCACCGGCGGUCCAUCCGGUCAAGAAGCGCAACCUCGCCACGGUGACCAAGUGCACCAAGUGCAACGGGUCCGGUGUGAUCAUAGUCGGGGGCAACCCGAAGCAAAAGCAUCUGCACCAGGGUAGUGUCAGCACCACCACCGCCGCUACAACCACCAAUAUAACGGUGCAGCAACCGCAGACGCAAGAGAAACCAUUCACGUGCAACACCUGCGGAGGACGGUUUUCGCGAUAUUCCAGUUUAUGGUCGCACAAGAAGCUCCACUCCGGCGAAAAGAACUACAAGUGUAACGUAUGCGGGAUAGCGUUCGCCAAGGCAGUCUACUUGAAGAACCACACUCGAAUCCACACCGGAGAAAAGCCGUACAAGUGCGGGACAUGUGGCAUGCAGUUCUCGCAAUCUCCGCAUUUGAAAAAUCACGAAAGGACCCACAGCGGUGAAAAACCCUACGUUUGUGAGGUCUGUGAUAAAGGAUUUGCUCGCCACGCUACCCUCUGGAACCACCGGCGUAUCCACACUGGCGAAAAACCCUACAAGUGCAACCGAUGUCAAUCCGCGUUCAGCCAGGCUGCCCAUUUGAAAAAUCACGAAAAGGUGCACUCUGGUUUGAAACCCUUCAAGUGCGACAUCUGUUCGGCAGCGUUCGCCGAUCGGUUUGCCCUGAAGCGACAUCGAGGAAUUCACGAAAAAUAUGGUCAAACCGCUCCCCUCCAUCAAACCCAGGUAGUACAGAAAGAGGAAAUCAUCGAAAUGGAUGAACAAUCGCGAGAAGUAAUCAUCGGAUCGAUGUAAAUGCAGGCAUUCGGAUGAUCCUACAGCGCCCCGCCCCCUCCCUUACAUGGCAAUGAUUGUGAUCGAAAUUCGGAGGCAGUUAUCAAGAGGCAAGGAGACGGUAUUUGGUACCGGUUUGAUUUGCUUUUUCCCUAGUUUUUGCUAGAAUCCACGAGGAAUAUGUUAGGUUCCGAUCGCUUUUUGGCGACAUCGGUGUAUGAAUUGAAAAUAAUUUCGAAAAGCCAUAGUGAAUCCUGUUUUUCGAAAACGAAUACCUAAUUAUUAUUUUUAUAAUGCCAUAGAGUUAGUGUUUCAUUUUUAGCGAAAGAUGUAAUUUCAAGAAGAAUGAAGUUCGAAAAAUAUAUCAAUGUAAUUUUAACGGUAAAAACAAAAGCUAGAAUGUCGUAGUAUUUAUUAAUUUUAACGGCGUUUCAAGACGCUAUAAAAUUGUGUAAAAAUGAAAAGCAGAAUAAAAUCGAAGUAAUCUUUAGAUUUGUAAAUGGAAAAAUACGUAUAGAUCUUUUACUGAAGUAAGCAAAUUUUGUAAAUAGAUGUCCUUAUUAGGUGUCCGAGAAUCCGGAAAAAUGAUCACGAUGGUGCGUUUGAACACAUCCCUGUAUACCGUCAUUUUUCUUGUGUCAUGCAAUUUUUAACUAGCCUAUUUUUUGAAUUUAAUUAGAAUUACUACUACUUUGUGUUUUCAUUUACGUCUCAGUAGAAAGGUUAUCUUCAACCGUACAAAUUAGGCAUGGAAAAGUUAAUUUAAUUUCAACUAGAGUUGUUCAAGUGUAAAUACGUGAUGUAAACGAAGAAGAUACGUUCGUUUGUUCUGUUGUUUAAGAAGUGUAUAAAUGGCAAUAAGUUUCCGUAAUAAAGUUCAAAAUGUAUUGCAAAGAUGAAAAUCUUGUUGUGUUGUGUUGAAA